GGCGUAUGCCACGUACUGUUGGACGUUGACAGUCGCGCUACUUCCUGGUGCUCACAAUCAGCUUCUGUUAGCUAAGCUUACACAUUUCGAUACUCAUAGUGUCAGCAAAACCUGUCCAAAACAGCGUGGUCAAGUCUUCUGAUUCAGAGGUGGGAGCAGAAGAGGGCAGACGGCACCAUGAACGGCCAGCUGGAUCUAAGUGGGAAGCUGAUCAUCAAAGCCCAGUUGGGCGACGACAUCAGACGCAUCCCCAUCCAUAAUGAGGACAUCACCUACGAUGAGCUGGUGCUGAUGAUGCAGCGCGUGUUCCGGGGGAAGCUGCAGAGCAGCGACGAGGUGGCCAUCAAGUACAAGGACGAGGAUGAUGACCUCAUCACGAUCUUCGACAGCUCUGACCUCUCCUUUGCCAUCCAGUGCAGUAGAAUACUCAAGCUCACUUUGUUUGUGAACGGCCAGCCACGACCCCUGGAGUCCAGUCAGGUGAAGCACCUGCGCAGGGAACUCAUCGAGCUCCGGAACAAAGUCAACAGUCUGCUGGACAGCCUGGAGCCCCCCACGGAGCCUGGCCUCGCUGACAGCGCGCCCGACAGCGAAAUGGUGGACGGGCGUGAGGGCAAGGCACCGGCGGCAGAGCAGGCCAUGAGGCAGGCCCCGCCCGUCAGCGCGGCCAGCAUGUCGGCCUUCGACCCGCUGAAGAUCCAGGAGGAGGUCAGCAAGAACGUCAUCUCUGCUUUUGGCUUGAGUGAGGACCAGGCCCCAGCGCCCCCUGGUGUAGUGGCUGAGGAGCGCUCGGGAACCCCCGACAGCAUCGCCUCCUCCUCCUCUGCUCCCCCCCAGCAGCCGACCCCUCAUUAUGCAGUCCAACCGGGAGCCCCUGCAGCCAUGGACGGUCAGGUUUAUCAGCAGUACCAGGCUCCUGGUGGAUACCCCCCCCAGCAGCCUGCUGCUCCCCCCCAGCAGCAGCAGUAUGGGCUGCAGUACGCCGGCUACAACACCCAGCCCGGAGCACCACAGCCUGGCCCUCCACAGCCACAGCCACAGCAGCAGCAGCCGCAGCAGUUCCAGAACUACCCCCCUGCCUCCUCCCAGGCCCCGGCCCCCGGCCAGGCCCCUACCCCGGGCUUCCAGGCCGGGCAGCAGCAGCAGCAGCAGCCCCCUCCACCCCAGGGGGCUCAGCAGUACCCCCCGGGAGCCUUCCCUCCCCAAAACUACACCGCCCAGGCCUCCCAGCCGGCCAACUACAGCCUGCCUCCCAACGCCCAGCCCGGCCAAGGGUACCAGCCGCGGCCCGCGUACACCCCGCCCCCGGGCAGCAAUGUCACCCCUCCGCCCGGGUCAGCUAACCCCUAUGCCCGCAACCGCCCCCCCUACGGCGGUGGCUACACUCAGCCGGGGCCCGGGUACCGAUAAAUGCUGCUUUAACCGGGCGCCGGAGCUCCGCAAUACAUCUAAGGCCGACCCUGUGCGGCGCCAGGCUCUGCGUGGCCUGGUCGCCGUUCACAUGGUGUUCAAAUCCACCCCCCCACUGUUCAACAAGUUGCCCCCUCUAUUAGAAGCACCCACCCCCCCGGUCUGUCGUAUGUUUCCAUGCUGCCUCUCCAGCAAAACAUUCUGACCGCUGUUGGAUAGUUUUAGUUUGUUUUUAGUUAUUCCCCUGCUCCCCCCACCCUGAGAGAAUGGCCUGCUAAAUGAUCACCAUGCCUCCAGCGUUUGUCUGUGUGUAGUUUUAAUUCUGUCUCCGUGCACACCCCUGUGAGAUUUCAAACAGGCUGUCGUCGUACAAGCUUUUUAUUUCUCUUUCGUCCUUCAUGAUCAACAUUAUUUUUCCUGCUGAAAUCGGUGUAUCCUUAAUAUCCAUCUAUAUAUAUAUAUAUACAUAUAUCGUGCUCGGCAAACAGAUAAUGUUGAUAAUGGAAGCGUCUAACUGGCCUUGUUGGUUAGAUGCCUUUUGAAGACUCUUAUAGAAUAAAAUGUUGCACCUUUUAGGUUUUGGUUUUGUUUUGAUGUCCCUCAAUGUGUAUUAAUUAUGUUGCUGUUUAAACUGCCCUGCGUUGGAAACACUAGUUUAUGUGAGCGAUGGUUCAAGGUUGCAGAUUAUUGGCAUCCCGAAAGGAUUAACCUGAUCUCCUCUUUAUCUUCUUGUAAUUACUUUCUCUCGCUCUUUCUAUCACCUUAUCCGGUCACUCGUUUUUACUAAUAUAUCAAAUAAAGGAAAAACUCACACCUUUCUGUAAUAUUAGUUGUUAAUGUAUAAAUUGUAACAUUUUUUCUCUGGAACCUAAUAAAACAUUGAGACCCAAGAGUUUUCUUUAGUGGAGAUAUUUCGUUGCACCUGGAAAAGCUUUCGUCUCGGUCGCUUGCCCUGUCUACACCUCCUCGUUGUGGUUUCUGAGUUCAUGUCUGUUGAGCUUCGCUUCCCAGGUCUCACUCUCUCCUUCCCCCGAUUUGGGAAAACCUGGCCCCGUGGUCUUCAUAUUUAUUUUCUUGACCGAGGGAUGUGGUCUGCUGGACUGUGGCGAGAGGGAGUGCGGUGAGUGUCUCAUGUUAAGCUGUCUUCCUGAGUGAGAAGAAUUGAGCGAGAUGGGUUUAAGGGUAUUUCAUAGGAGGGCGUAUAUGGAUAUACAAGGCCUAGGUGUAUGGUCUGUGUCAACUUGAAACAAAGUGUGUUUUUUUUUUACCCCCAUAAAAAUCCUCCUGUACGUAUGGGGUUGAACUCCAACAACAGCAUAGAAAUCCAUGCCCGAAUUGAAGAUAUCUUUUUAUUUUUUGUAAUGAACGUAAGAAAAAACAAAUUCCACAAACAGAUUUGUUAUUAUUGUAGGCAAAACAAUUUAUUUUAAUACCCCUCAAUCCAAAGAUGUAUGUACACUAUUUCAAAUCAUUAAAUGGUACAAACAAAUAAUGUAAUAUUGGUUGCGUACAUUGGUAGAAAACUUAAAAAAAUACAUUGUAUUUGGACCCCACGGAACAUCGUUUCUUAAAAUUAAUACAAUUUGUUUGCAGCAAGGACAUGGAAGACCUGAAAUUCACACUUGAUUCUGAACACUGCCAUUACUUCACCAUAUACACAAAUGAACAACAGUGCAAACUGCAAAUGCUAAUACUCCCUUAGGGCCAGCAGAAGGUUUUGUGGAAUAUAAUACAGGCCUGAGUACAUUAGGUUCUCUUUAAAUGCACAUCAAUCAAUGACAACAUUUUUGUGUGUGUACAAAAAUGUCAUGCAUGUACGGCUGAACAGUUUUUUGUUUGUCUCGUCUCAAAAGGCAGCACGAUGAUACACUUAACGUUAAUUAUUUGAUAAAUUAUAUUAUACAAACUACAUUAUGGGAGCCAGCUUCCCAACAUUCUCUCUCAGAUCAUAUUUUAAUAUUCACUUGGAAACUCUAGAA